CAAGAUCUAUCUUCUUCCUUCACUUCCCAGUGUAAAGAAGCUCAACUUGCUCGAAAUUAGGGUUUCAAGUUCAGAUUCCUUACUGCAAUCAAGAAGAACGUAAAAUAUGGGUAAAGCUUCGGUGAUACUAUACAUCACGGUGGGGAUCCUUGUCCUCUUCCUCGUCUCUUAUUCUCCGAAGAAGAAGAGUGACCACGAUCACCACCACGGUGGUCACAACCAGCAUCACCGCCUCAAACUCCGCUCUUCUUUCAAUUUCAAACCCACUCGCCACGAUCCAAUUCCAUUCGAUCCUCUCGUCGCCGACAUGGAGCGCCGUCGCGAGGAUAAGGAGUGGGAGCGGCAGUACAUCGAGCAUUCUCACCCGGAGCUCGCUUCACAUUCCCAGAAAGCAGAUACCGGUGGUGGUGGCCAUGAUCCGGCUCCUGGUCACGAGUCGCAGCCUGAGUGGGAAGAUUUCAUGGACGCCGAGGAUUACUUGAAUGAUGAGGCGAAAUUCAAUGUCACCGACAGGCUGAUAUCUUUGUUUCCAAAGAUUGAUGUUUCUCCUGAGGAUGGGUUUGUGACUGAGAGUGAAUUGACUGAAUGGAAUAUGCAGUCUUCUGCGAAGGAGGUCAUGCACAGGACUCAAAGAGACAUGGAUGUUCAUGAUAGAAACAAGGAUGGUUUCAUUUCAUUCCCUGAAUACGAACCGCCAUCUUGGGUCCGCAAUUCGGAUAAUAAUUCCUUUGGCUAUGACAUGGGUUGGUGGAAAGAGGAGCACUUUAAUGCCUCAGAUGCAAAUGGUGAUGGUCUACUGAAUUUAACAGAGUUCAAUGACUUUCUUCAUCCUGCGGAUACCAAGAACCCUAAGUUGCUGCUGUGGUUGUGCAAGGAGGAAGUUAGAGAAAGAGAUUCAGAUAAAGAUGGUAAGAUCAGUUUCGAAGAGUUUUUCCACGGCCUCUUUGACACUGUUAGGAGCUACGAAGAAGAUAAUAUCAAUUCUACGCAUCCUUAUCAUGACUUGCCUGAAGGCCCGGCUAAGCAGUUGUUUGCUCAGCUUGACAAAGAUGAUGACGGUUACUUAUCGGACGUUGAAUUGCUUCCCGUUAUCAAUAAAAUCCAUCCUACCGAGCAUUAUUACGCAAAACAACAAGCUGAUUAUAUUAUAUCACAGGCGGAUUCAGACAAAGAUGGACGUCUGGCUCUGGCAGAAAUGAUUGAGCAUCCAUACGUCUUCUACAGUGCCAUUUUCGAUAGUGAAGAUGACACUGAUGAUGACUACGGGUACCACGAUGAGUUUCGUUAGUUUCAUAAUGAAAGAAGAAAUAACAUCAGGUUCAAUUCAAUAUAACUUCAAGGAACAUUGCUCUCAAAGCAGUGGCAUACCUCCGACGUGGGAUGAAGAGGAUCGGAUAAAUAUUGAAAUUGUUUCAUUUGUAUCGACAUGUUUGUGACUGAUUUGAUCAAAAGAUAUUUAAUCUUUUAUAAGCAAAGCUUAUGAAUAGAAACUGUGGUGUUACAUCAAAA